AUGGCAUCUUCAACACCUAUCGUCAGGAGGCAUUCAGAAAUGCCAAGUCGUCAAACGCCCCAAAGGAAAAUCAGUACUUUUACAGAUUCAGGACAGCAAUCUUCUCCAGCAGAAAUGAAAAGAGGUAAUAGUAGCAUAAACGUCGAGCGUAGUAGAGCCCGAAGGGAACAAUUGAGAAAUUUCUAUGGAAUCAAAGAAGGUGCUACGGAAGUAUCGGGAUCAGGUGUGAGGGGUGAUCCAUUAGAUAUAGAUUCACCUUCGUUCAGUCCGACGGCAUACUACGAAGAUCUGGUAUCGAAAAGUACUUUAAAAGGAUUAAUGGAGAAAUCGACUUCGUUAAAUGCAGAUAUAGGUAAUCUCGAAGGAUCAAGGCAUUCUUUAGUAUAUAACCAUCAUCAUCAAUUAUUCGCAGCAGGAGAUACGAUAUCUCAUUUAAAUUCACGUACUCCACAACUUUUAUCUAUCGUAACGGAAUUACAACAGUCUUUCUCGUCGAUCUCUCAACUUGUAGAUUCCAUCUCAUUACCUGAAAACGACAAAGGUCCAAUCCCGAGUCGUAAAGAUAAUUCACUCACGCUGAACGAGGUUGAAAGGGGGAAAGAUAGAGUUGAACUGAUGAUUCUUGCUCAAGACUCACAUGAAAACAUUCGAAAAUACUUUGAAACUCUUAAAGAUAAAAUGGUCGCUGAAGUCGGCACUAGUAAUCCGAAAGAAUAUGAGAAAAUCAGUGGACUGCUAGACGAGAUCAAAAGGAGAAUAGAUGACUUGCCUGUAUCAGAAGAAGCAACCGCAUGA